UUUCUUUCUGCUGUGUCCAUGGAUUCAAAUGCAUCAGACUACCUUCUAAACCAUGCUGCUCUUUCCUAUUAUCAAAGCAAAGAAGAAGCCAACAUUAUUGAUCUCGGGCUAAGUCUUAAAACUUUGCAGCCGGAGGCAUAUUAUCCAUCGAGCCACGAAAAUUACGAAGUCUUGGUAGAUUGGCAGCAGCUACAUCCCCAGUCGAAAAGCAGCAUCGAUUUAUAUCCACAAAAAAUAAAGGAAAAUUGCGACGAUGAAGCAGAAGGGAUUCAAAGCAGAGAGCGUUGGGCUUACGUGAAAGUUAAUAUGGAUGGGGUAGUAGUUGGCAGGAAGAUUUGUAUCCUUGAUCAUAUGGAUUAUUUAAGCCUUGCACUUCAACUUGAAGACAUGUUUGGGAAUCAAUCCAUAGCCGGUCUGCAUCUGUUCGAAGCUGAGUCUGAAUUCUCCUUGUUUUACAAGGACAAAGACGAGCAAUGGAGGACUGUUGGGGAUUCUCCAUGGAAAGAUUUCGUAGAUAGCGUAAAGCGGCUGAGGAUUGUACGCAAGGACGAAGAUCAUAUUCCCCUCAUAAUUCAAUGAUACAUGAAUAUCAAAAAGAACGAAUCACUUUGUAAUCUCUAAUAGGGCAGCGUUCUUUUACAUCAUUGUACUAAAUUGUUUAGUUUCAUUAAUCUUAGUAGCUCUUUGCAGAUGAUGGUUAUGUUUAGUGAUGGAUUGGGUCCCUAUAUUAUGCAUUUUUCCUAAUUUUCUUAAAUAUAUAUCAUUCAUGUU